AUGCCGGGGAGUCAUAGCGCUGAGGGCAGCGCUGCUCCUCCAGAUGCCUUGCGUGGGGUGAAUGAUGAGCUUUCCAGUAGACUACGUCGCGCGGAAAGUGGUGAUCAAUCCGGAGAUUCCCAAGAACCAGAUCAGCACAGUGAGGCGGCUUUCAAUAGGGCAGUGAGUUUUGCCCAACUAUUUACCCGACAUGUACGUGCUGUGGCUGACAUGCUGGGUGACAAGGUCCUUGACCGCGCCAAGAUGGAUCGUUUGGUCAUGGGUCUGGAUGCCGCAGUACGAUCAGGGAAGUGCUUUGCAGCUUUGAACGGCCCUGUGAAGCCUUCUGUUUUGAAUGGCGCUGUCGACUUGAUUCGCAAGAAGGUUUCUGAACCUUUGAGCAAAGCCAACUGGCAAGGGUACCGGCAUCUUGUCAUUGUGAAGGAGUUCUGGCCGAAAGUGAUUCCCCGCACCGCAUUUUAUGCAUGGUACAGUCAGAAUUGGAACAAACAGGACCUUGUGAAUCUGAGAAGCUUGUGGGGGGUGGCCGAAGCGCAUGUCAUUCGUGAAGUUGGCUACAAAGGUGCACACCAAGCACCACCACUUCCCAUGGACCCCCGGUUUCCAUGGGCUGCAGCAAGCUCAUUGGGAAUUAUGCUUCUCCUGGGUGCUCUUGCUCAAACCAGGGGCCUUGCUCUACAAUGCCAGGAGGAGGCAGUCAAGUUUCUUUCGCGUAUGUGCUCUCGCAUUUCUGAUGCCAAGUGGGUGCUGAAGCUACUGCCUACUGUUCAACUUCCGGUUGAGGAGCGCUUGGUUGACUUGGGGGAAUUCUGGAAGCACUUCUCGCCACAAGACCAGCGAACACUGAAGAACAGGUUCUUGGCAAGGAACUCUGGAUUUUGUGGCACUGCGAAUGGUGGCAAUGAGGAUCUUGUGGAGGUCAUGGUGGUCCAGGCGCAGGUUGGGCAACUCGUUUGUUCAGCGCCUCCGAUGUUCAUGAUGGCUGUCAAGGAGACACUCCAGCCUGUUACAGAGAAGCGUGGUGCCUUGGAAGAUGCUCCAUUGCCCCCGGUGGCAAUGCACCAAAUGGUGCCUUUAGAAGGGAAGCGUCAGCGUGGUGUACAAAAAGCUUUGGAUAGCCAGCGUGGCUCCAAGCGCAAGCUGGCUCCUGAUGUCCAGUUUGCAGAGACAAAGUACUCUGAGAAGGUCAAGACCCGCCACCUGUUGCUUGGAAUCCAGCAAAGCCUGAACAAACUCAUGGACUUCCGGUGGUCUGACACUUCUCCCACGGUGGCUUUGCGGCCUGUGAAGAUUGGUGAGCAGCGCUGCACUUACAAGGACGCUGAAGGCGUGGCCAAGGUCUUCUACUGGAAUGUGGAGACUGCUGAGGCUACAUGGCAGUCAACCCUAACAGAGACCUUUGGUGGCCAUCUUCGGCUUGCACUUGUGAUGGAUGAGGGCAGCCCUGGCUACUCCCUUGCUUCAGACACCUGCCACAAAAUGGCUCGCUUGCAAGACAUGGCUUUCAACUCUGCUUCUCCUGUUUUGAAGGUGAUUCGCAGGGAGCUGGGUUUGGUCAUGAAGUUUGACAUGGCCCCCUACAGCACCUCUCGCUUUGGCCGACGUUUGAAGGAAGCAUGCUGGAUCUAUGCAUCUAGCAUGGAGCCAAACGACCCUUUGCUUGCACCUUUGAUGUCCAAGAUCUGUGAAGACUUGCAUUGUGACCCAAACAACUUCGAGCAUGUCAAGCAAAGGAUCCUUGACUGGAGUCAGAAGAAGGGUCGCAAGGAUUCGUUGGAGUUCAACAUGAACCGCUGGGAUGCACUGGUGGACGGCUUGAGUGUGCUGUUGGAGCAGUGGCACAUCCGCAUUUUUGCCAUCAUGGCUGCUUGUGUUCUCGAAGGCGAAAACCCAUGGAACUUUGCAGCGAAGUGCAUCUCUGACCCAGCGACAGGUCAGAAGUGGUCAAUCCUUCCCAAGGUCCUGCUGCAGCCGAGCAAGUUAGCUCUGGCAAAGGGCAUCCACAAAGUCUUGCGGCCUUUCAGAUGGUUCACAGCUGAGGAGGCUACUCUGCCAGGUUUGAUUGUUGCACACCUGAUUCAGGUACGAACCAACAACGAUGGCUGCUACAUUGACAGGAUCAAGCAAGUUCUCCUUGGUUUCCCAACGUGGUCGAGCAGAGGAUUCAUUGAGUCCUUGGGUCCGUGCAACUUGUUUGAGAUGGGUAUCAACAGCUUCAAUGCUGGCACGGCUGCACUGCCAAAUGAAGAAAAUUCAGACGAGUUUGAGGUGUUGCAGAACAUUUUGACCUUCAACUUGAAGUUCAUGAAGCACACCAACAGGUUCCGUCUUCUUCACGAAUCUCCGCCUUUCAAUGCGAUUCUCUUCUUCCAGCAGGACACUGCGCUUGACCGGAAGUGGGCGCAGGAAGCCAUGAUGAAAAUGAAGGAGGAGUGGACCUUUGUUCUGGAGGAAGAGGCGAAGCAGGCCCAAUGGCUGGCGCAAUGCAAACAUUUGCGCUGGCAAGCUUACCGGGAGGUGAUGACAGCUUGUGAAGAGUCUGGAUGGGAUGCUUCUUCAGCGCAUGUCCGCAAAGUCAUGCAACCAUGGGUGCCUUCGCGUGGGAACACAGUGAGUGUUGAACACACGUUCGGCCGGUUGAGGGAUGCUGAGAGCAGGCAUUCCAAGCACAAGAAGGCUGCGCCAGCUCAGGUGUGCUCUGUAUGCAUCAAAACCACCAACCAGCUCUUUGGCAACACUUUGGAUACAACCCAACCUCCGUUGGCAGCCAUUUCGCAGAUUGGUGCUCAAUUUUCCUCUGGUUUCCUUCGCAAGGACGUUUUGUGUGCUAGCAGGACAACCUUGUCAGAGACAGGGUUGAAGCAUCCUGGUGAGAUGCUCAAGAAUGCAGAGAAGAGGACUUCAGCUUUCCACUUCGUCCAGAAUGGUCUCAGCUGCUUGCAAGCUCGGAAGCUGGCAGCAGAAAAGAAGUGGAAGAACACGUCGUACCUUUGGGUGAGUUCUGUCAUUCCUGAGGGCGCAGUUGUUUGA